AAUCAGGGCCCCGUGCUUCGCCUGGUGCCCGGCCAGUAAGCAGACCACUACUUCCCCACAAUUUUUCUCACAGUAGCGGGGGCGUCGGGCACGUGGCAGUGCCUCCCUCAGUUCCUCACAGGACCCCCGACGGUCAGGGUUCACACCAGACUCGCCGGGGCAGCGACAGUAACAGUGACUGGCCGCCCUCCUGCCACACCACCAGCAGGAAGUAGCGAGUGUUUACCUCAGUUUGAGGAAAACUAAAAGUGAAAGUUACACACAUGCACGUAAACCAAGAGUAUAUAUAUAUGUGUGUGUGAGUGUACGGGUAGAGCAGAAGUCCUCUGUGACGGCUGGUGGCCACAUUGACACACAGGGAAGGUGCCUCACCUACUCGGCCCUCUCAUACUUUUACGACUCGCACUGACAGACGUCAAAUAGGAAAAAAUAUCUUCCCAUCUGCCUUUGUGAAUCAAUACUCUGGACUCUGAUGCAGAAAUCAGAUAAACCUUCAAACAGGUGAUGAACUUUACAACGCAAGAGAUGUAACGAAAGAUACAUAUAUGAACAACAUAAUCACUACAUAAAGGUGCACUAACGAGCCUGAACAGCAGGAAGGGACACACCACUACCCCACGUACCACCAGGACCGCAGGCAGGAUGGGUGGCGGCGAUAUUGGCACCUGCGGCGUGUGCCAUACUGUGGCCUCCUUGACAUGCGGCGGCUGCGGAUCCAUGCACUACUGCGGCAAGGAGCAUCAGCGGCAGCACUGGCCAAAGCACCGGGUUGAGUGUCCUCCUUAUAAAGUUGUGUCUACCCCAGAGGCCGGCAAGCACAUGGUGGCGUCGCGGAAGUUAACGGCGGGGCAGAUGCUGGUGUACGAGUCUCCGGUGGUGGUGGCUCCACUGUCCAUCUGCCCUCUCUUGUGUCUAGGCUGUCACGGCUCCAUCACAGGUGACGACUUCCCUCGCUGUCCCAAGUGCUGGUGGCCCUUGUGCUCCCUCGCCUGUGCCUCCAGCCGUCUACACAAGGGAGAGUGUGCCAUUCUGGCUCUCGACACCAAACACAUAGCACCACCUACAGAGCAAGGCGAGACGCCACGCUACGACGUCAUCGCUCCAAUUCGUUGCCUCCUGCUGCAGUCUACCAAUCCUUCAGGCUGGCAGACCAUCCUCGACAUGGCCCACCACUCAGAGCAGCGUCAACUCAACAAAGAAGAACAACACCUAAUCACAGUCCGCUACCUGUCUGAUGUCCUCAAGCUCGACUAUGAUUUAGAUAUUUUAAAUCAAGCGCGAGGCGCCGUCGCCACAAACGGCAUGGAAAUAAGGAGUGAUAAAAAUACAAGAGUUAGAGCCAUGUACCCGUUGAUACGACUGUUCAACAACUCGUGUGCACCCAACGUACAUCUGUCCGUCGCCUAUAACGGGAUGAUACAGGCCAGGACAACGGUGCCCGUCUCUGUCGGGGAGCCUCUCUGUAUUUGCUACACGGGGGCGCUCAUGCCUAUUUGGGAGCGUAACGAAACAUUAACGUUGUCUUAUCACUUUUCCUGUAACUGUCCCCGCUGUGGGGACCCGACUGAACUAGGAACACAUUUCUCCUCCCCAAGAUGCCCAGACUGUGUGCAGUCCUACCUCCUGCCGUGCACCUGGCUGGGCGAAACUGUGUGGAGAUGUAAACUUUGUAAACAGGAGGAAAGCAACGCCCAGGUUCUAGAGAACGUCAAAAUUUGGCUUCAGAGGAUAGAAAUGGAUGACAUAUUCAGUGGAUGUUCCUUGAAGCGGUCGAAGGCGGCGCUGCAGGAGGUAGAGGACGACUUUCACCCGCAACACUACGUCUGGAUGCGGGCGGCGCACUCUGCCUUGUACCGAAUGAGCGACAACAACACAGAACAGGGACUGAACAUGCGGAUUAAAAUCUGGAAGAGACUCGUGGCUCUGUACACCGUACUCGAGCCUGGCCUCACCAAGAGACGAGGUAUGUCGCUGCUGGAGACGGGGAUUAUCAUGCUGAGGGCGGCGCAGCUGGAGCAUAGAGAGGGUGAACCCUUCAUGCCCGAGCUCCUGGAGCGAGUGAGGACGGUUGUCAAGUACCUGGAUGAGGCGUCGCAGAUCCUGAGCAUGGAGCCGACGGAGUCUAAAGGGCCGGCAAUGGUGCAGAAGACAGAGGAGGUGAAGGCAGAGGCUGAGCAGUUCCUACAGCGUCUGGAUUCUGAGACAGUGCGGGCUGAGUGAGAGAGAGAGAGAGAGAGAGAGAGAGAGAGAGAGAGAGAGAGAGAGAGAGAGAGAGAGAGAGAGAGAGAGAGAGAGAGAGAGAGAGAGAGAGAGAGAGAGAGGGAGAGAGUUCCGCCAUCGACGACCCUCUUAGACGUGUUAUCCUCACAACAUUAUUCCACGUGUUUCAUCAACAGUGUCGGUGUGAUGAAAGGAUCUCUGACUUUGAUAUACAUUAAGUACACUUAUUUUUUCCCCAUUUUGCAAAGAUCAAGACUACAGCUUGAUGCGCGUCCUCGUAAAGGUCUUAUUUAACUGGACAGCUUCUAGACUACUGACAGAGACGUGAAGACCAAAAGAACAUAAUAUUGACCAACAGUGUUAAGGCAUCGGGAGUAUCUAACUUCUUCUUAAAGCUUAAUAUUAAGAGUGUCACUGUACAUGUUAGAUUUAGCGCUCUUACAACCUUUGACCUAUAUCUGUGACUUCUGACCUGUAGCUGUGACCUCCGACCUGUAGCUCUGACCAGUAACUGUGACCUCUAAUCUGUAGCUGUGACCUCUGACCUGUAGCUGUGACCUCUGACCUGUAGCUGUAACCGCUGACCUGUACCUGUGACCUCUAACCUGUAGCUGUGACCUCUGACCUGUAGCUGUGACCUCUGACCAGAAGCUAUGACCUCUAACCUUUAGCUGUGAUAUCUGACAUGUGGCUGUGACCUCUGACCAGUAGCUGUGACCUCUGACCUGCAGUUGUGACCUCUUAUCUGCAGUUGUGACUUCUGAUAUGCAGUUGUGACCUCUGACCUGUGACCUGGAUACAUUUUUGCUGUUAUCAUCAUAAUAUCCGUAACCAUUGAAGAGUUAGACUACAGACGACACUCAACCAAGAACAUGUCACAAUAGGUCCGUUUUCAAGUACAGUACGUGUAAGGACUGGGGACCAUUGAGACAGUCGCCGUUGUUCAGUUUGAUAGGCCCCUUAGGUGAGAUGGCAGAUUUUCUAUACUAAAAUAAAUAUUAACUUAUCAUAGCUCCAUGUAAACAAGUAAACAAACAAACAAUUAUAAUGAAAAAAAAUGAAGUUUAGGAUUAAUGAACUAAUAAUAAAUUUUUUUUCUUCGCUAUUUUAACAUAUUUAUUUUAAUGUAUUUUUUACUUGACUUUAAAAUAAAAUCGAGUUUUUUUUUGAGAACGAAGAUUUAUUAUUUACUGGACAAUUUAAUUUUUUUUGUCAAUUAAAUGAAAAAACCUAAUAAAUGGUUCAAUUCUG